AUGUUCAAGCCCUGCAACGGACCAGGACCAGAACAAGGAGCAGGAUCAGGAGCAGGGGAAGGACUGGGGCGGGGUCAAAGAGACGUUCCUCGAUUUGUGCUUGGCUGUGAAGAUGACGAGCAGGACAUGGGCCAAAUGGAGGCAGGCAUGAAGAACGAGAUGUAUCGAGAAGAGGACAUGGAGGAUGAUGAAGAUGAGUCGCCACCAGAGCGACAGAUUGUGGUUGGCAUAUGUGCCAUGAUGAAGAAAUCCAAAUCCAAGCCAAUGACUCAAAUCCUUGAGCGCCUUUGUAAGUUUGACUACAUCAACGUUGUCAUCUUUCCCGAGGAAGUGAUCCUGGAGGAACCUGUGGAGAAAUGGCCCCUCUGCGACUGCCUCAUCUCCUUUCACUCCAAAGGUUUCCCUCUGGACAAAGCUGUGGAGUACGCCAAGCUCAGGAAUCCACUGCUCAUCAAUGACCUCAACAUGCAGUAUUUCAUACAGGACAGGAGGGAAGUGUACCGGAUCUUACAGGAAGAGGGCAUUGACCUACCUCGCUAUGCUGUGUUAAAACGAGACCCCGACAAUCCUGAAGAGUGUAACCUGGUGGAGGCGGAGGACCAUGUCGAAGUGAACGGGGAGGUGUUCCCUAAACCCUUCGUGGAGAAACCUGUGUGUGCCGAGGACCACAAUGUCUACAUCUACUACCCAACAUCUGCUGGAGGGGGCAGCCAGAGACUCUUCAGAAAGAUAGGGAGUCGUAGCAGUGUGUAUUCUCCAGAAAGCAGUGUACGAAAGACUGGAUCCUACAUAUACGAGGAGUUCAUGCCCACAGAUGGUACUGAUGUGAAGGUUUACACAGUGGGUCCAGACUACGCCCAUGCAGAGGCCCGGAAAUCUCCUGCCCUGGAUGGAAAGGUGGAGAGGGACAGUGAGGGAAAGGAGAUCCGCUACCCUGUCAUGCUAACCGCCAUGGAGAAACUGGUGGCCCGCAAGGUCUGCCUUGCCUUCAAGCAAACAGUUUGUGGGUUUGACCUGCUCCGAGCCAACGGUCACUCCUUCGUCUGUGACGUUAACGGCUUCAGCUUCGUCAAAAACUCCAUGAAGUACUACGACGACUGUGCCAAAGUCCUGGGGAACAUGGUGAUGAGGGAGUUAGCCCCCCAGUUCCACAUCCCCUGGUCCAUCCCAAUGGAAGCUGAAGACAUCCCCAUCGUCCCAACAACCUCAGGAACCAUGAUGGAGCUGCGCUGUGUUAUUGCUAUCAUCCGUCAUGGAGAUCGCACACCAAAGCAAAAGAUGAAAAUGGAGGUUCGACAUCCUCUAUUCUUUGAGUUGUUUGAGAAGUAUGAAGGCUACAAGUCAGGAAAGCUAAAGCUGAAGAAGCCAAAACAGCUUCAGGAAGUGCUGGAUAUCGCCCGCCUGCUGCUGGUUGAACUGGGCCAGCACAAUGACUGUGAGAUCGAGGAGAAGAAAUCUAAACUGGAGCAACUCAAGACUGUUCUGGAGAUGUACGGUCACUUCUCAGGUAUCAACAGGAAAGUCCAGCUGACCUACCUGCGUAACGGCCAACCUAAAGCCUCAAGCGAAGAAGAAGACUGUAAGAAGGACGGUCCAUCUCUGCUGCUUGUGUUGAAGUGGGGCGGGGAGCUGACGCCUGCAGGCCGGGUUCAGGCUGAGGAGCUGGGCAGGGCCUUUCGCUGCAUGUACCCUGGAGGUCAAGGUGACUACGCUGGGUUUCCAGGCUGUGGCCUCCUGCGCCUGCACAGCACUUAUCGCCACGACCUGAAGAUUUAUGCCUCUGAUGAAGGCAGGGUUCAGAUGACAGCCGCUGCUUUUGCAAAGGGUCUGCUGGCUCUAGAAGGGGAGUUGACACCGAUCCUAGUUCAGAUGGUGAAGAGUGCCAACAUGAACGGACUGCUGGACAGCGACAGCGACUCUCUGACUGACUGCCAGCAGAAGGUGAAGGCCAGGCUGCAUGAAACCAUGCAGAAAGGCCAGGAGUUUACACAGGACGACUAUCAAAAGUUGGCCUCAACUGGCAGCCCAUCGCUGGUGAACUCGAUGAAGGUCAUACAGAAUCCAGUCAAAACCUGUGACAAGGUCUACGCCCUUAUCCAGAGUCUCAACUCACAGAUCCGUAAGAGACUGGAGGACCCCAAGUCUGCCGACCUGCAGCUUUACCACAGCGAGACGUUGGAGCUGAUGCUGCAGCGCUGGUCCAAACUGGAGAGAGACUUUCGCAUGAAGAAUGGCCGCUACGACAUCAGCAAGAUUCCAGACAUCUACGACUGCAUCAAAUACGACUCGCAGCACAACGCCUCGGUCGGGCUGGAGGACACGCUGGAGCUGUUCAGACUGUCCCGUGCCCUGGCCGACAUAGUCAUACCACAGGAGUAUGGCAUCAGCAAAGCAGAGAAACUGGACAUCGCUCAGGCUUACUGUGUUCCUCUGAUGAAGAAAAUCCAGCUGGACCUGCAGAGGACUCAUGAGGACGAGGCAGUUAACAAACUACACCCCUUGUGA